AUGGCAACAACAACUACAACUACACCAACUCCAACAACAACAACAACAACAAAUCCAUUGUCUAGUGUCAAUAGAUGCACAGCCUGUGGAUUGUUGUGCGGUGGAAAGACCUUUGAAGCAUUUGGAAACACCUACCAUCCUCGUUGCUUCGUCUGCACCAGUUGCCACAGAGCAUUCCCCAGUGGAAAGUUCCUAAACAUUCAUAGCAAGCCUUAUUGCGAGGGAUGUGGAAGAUCAGCAUUCAUCAAGUCACAAAUCAAUGGUGCUGACACUACGGUGAUCACAAAGAAGACAUCGGCAUCGAUCAUUCCAGAGAUAUUCAAACAAGAUAAACCAAAACUUCCACCUCGUGUAUCCAAUCAGAAAUCAAGGACACUUCCCAAACCAUCAUCAUCUUCCUCAACCUUUGCCUCUGCCGCCAUCCAAACUCCAACCUCAACGACAACAACUACACAAUCACAACAACCAAAGUUGAUCUUUAACAAGUUCAACCCAUAUGGUCAAUCAAACAACAAUGUAGUCAACAACUCAACUGAUAAGACCAAGUCAUGGAGCUCACCUACUCCUGUUGUAAACCAUAGACGUGCAGAGAGUGUAGUCGUACCUCCUGUGAGUGUGGCCCAGAGCUCCACUACUCAAGCGCCUAUCAGCCCUUGUAUCUCUGGUGGAACGGUUAAUUCGAUCUCAAAGAGGUUCGAGAGUGCCGCUCCAGGCAAGCCAUCAUCGCUGCCCGCUCAGCCACAGACAUCCACAAGAACUACUGUCUCCAAGAUUGACAAGAACAGAUUCAGCUUCCUACAAAGUAGCAGUAGUUGUCCCAACGUGAGCACGAUCAUCAACAACAACAACAGACCAAGCUUCCAAAGUCCAGCAUCAAACAAGAUAGAGGUUCCAAAGCCAGCUCCGACUACCACAACUACUCAAUCAAAUAUCCAACAACAGAGUGCACAACUUGUUACUCUUCCACCAAAAAUGGACAUUGCCAGCAACAAUGCUACCACGAUCAAGAAGGAGGAGAAGCCGCUCACCAAACCAGUGUUUGAGCCAACAAACAACAACUCUGUCCGAGGCAAACCAUCUGGCAUCUCCUCGUUGGUCAGUAGAUUCGAGGAGACUGAUCGCAAGGCUGCAAGAGAGUCCAUAAGUGUUGGAAAGAUCAGUCAGAGCAAGCUUGACAUCCUAAAGACUUCUGCCUCGCCAAACAAGACAGGUAUAUCAUUUGGUCACUCCUACCUCGACUCGCCAAACAACCGUGGCGUCAAUAGACACUCUGUCGCCGCCACUGAGAACGACUGGAAGGAGCGUGAGAGGCUUGAGCGUGAGAGAGCCGACAAGGAGAGACUGGAUGCCAUCAGAUUGGAGCGUGAACGUCUGGAGCAGGCCGAGAUUAACAGGGAGAAGGCGAGACAAGAGGCUGAGCGCAUUGAGAGAGAUAGGAAGGCCAAGGAGUUCCAAGAGAAGCAGAGGUUGGAAAAGGAUCGUAUUGAGAAUGAGAAGAUGAUCAAGGAGAAGGAGAGAUUGGAAAGAGCCAUUAACAAGGAUAAAGGUGACUCUCUAAAGGACAGACAAAUCAAACAACAAAUAGAGUUGGAGAGAGAGAAAGAGAAGGAGAGGGAGAUGGAGGUGGAGAGAGAGAGACAAAGACAACAACAAGAGAAGGAGAAGAAGGAGAUUGAGCAACAGAAGCAAGCUGAGAAGCAAGCUGAGAAGCAAAGGCAAAUGGAGAAGGAGAGGAAGGACAAGAUGGAAGAGGAUAGAAGGAGAAAGGAUGAGAUCAGGAGACAGCUGGAGAUUGAGGACAAGCUGACCGAGUCACUCAGGAAGGCCAACACUCCCCAACAUCAACCAAUUCGUCAAGAGGUCCCUGUUGUUGCCAUUGCGCCAGCUUCACCCCAAGAGCGCGCUCCAGGUUUGAGCAGAGCUCUCUCCAUCAUAUCUACAUACAGUGAUUCCGCUGCCUUGCUCUCGCCAAGAAGUGGUGAGCCAGUGGAUACUGAUCAAUCAGCCUUCUCUCCACGCAAUGACAUCCCCAUCUCUCCAUCAUUGAGAUUCGAGGGCAUCCUGUCCCCAUCAGUCCUGAACGGAAUCAAGUCGCCACACUACAGCAACCUCAACUCAAUGAUGAGUGAGGAGGAUUUGAUGCAACAGUUCAAGGUCAAGGAGCAGGAGGUGGUGCGCGGCAGACUGGAUGAUGGCGCCUCAGAACCCGAGGUCGACUACACUGUCAACAGAGAGAAGCUGGAGGAGGAGGAGCAUGCUGAGGACAUGGACAGUAUGAUGCGUGCUGAGGAGCGACUCAGACAGCGUGUCGAGAUGAUGAAGGAGCUCGAGGAGAAGGAGCGAUGGAUACUGCAGCAGCGUGAGGAGAGGAUGUCCUACUUCAUUGGAAAGAUGUACACCAACAGUGCCUAA